UCCCUGCCUCUCUCCCUCAGGGGGAGGAGUGUCAGGGAUUCAGCUCCUAAUUCUUUCAGUCUCCACAGCACUUCCUUCAGUUUGUUGCCCCGUGAGCCUUUCCCCUUUUGGCUGGGCCCGGGGAAUGACCGAUCGCUGGAUUCUUUCUCGCUGUCCCGGCAGGUGAUUCGAUGGUGGGUGAGAACGCGGAGCAGAACCCUCAGGAGGAAGACGCUGAGCGAUGAAGGAUUAUCGCGGACACCCUCAGGGAAUGUGUCCAGACGUCGUGAGCAAGGAAAAGCUUGUGAGAGUCAGCACAGGCCAGAGCAGCAACAGGGAAACCAGCCACGGGAGAAAGUGGAUAAAUCCACUAAUCGUCAGCGAACUCACAAGCACCUCAAAGCAAUCACAGCCCAGCAGAGAAUCCCCACGGCAAAGAGAAAAAACCCACGCACCGAGUGUGGGAAAAACUUCAGUUACCACUCAGACCUUCUUAUACACGAGAGACUCCACACGGGGCAGAGACCUUACAAACGCUCCGAGCGUGGGAAAAGCUUCCACCGGAGCUCAGCCCUUGUUACACACCAGAGGAUCCACCUGGGAGAGACCCCCUAUGAAUGCGCUGAGUGCGGGAAAAGCUUCUCGGUGAGCUCGCACCUUAUGCGACACCAGGGCACCCACACCGGCGAGAACCCUUAUAAAUGCGCCGACUGUGGGAGAAGCUUCAAACAGGGCUCCAACCUUGUGGCACAUCCGAGAAUUCACACGGGAGAGGGACCCUGUAUGUGCUCUGAGUGCGGGAAACGCUUCACUCAGAGCUCAGCCCUCAUUAAACACCAGCGGAUCCCCAAGGGAGACGAACCAUAUAAAGGCCUGGACAAAGGUUUUGCCUCCUGCAGAGUGGCCCUGAAAGGGUGUUUGCACCAUUCGCUCACUGUGGUCUCGCAGGGGAGUUGCUUGCUUUUACAGCUUGCCCUCCGGUAAAUCCCAUGAUCCUUUCUAUCAAGUCUUCUGUCCCAUUAGUCAUGGGAGUGUGUCCCCCUCCUACCAGGAAUGUCCAUCCGCCCCCGGAGUGGGAGACAGAGCUGAUCUCAACUAGCCACACUGAGGUCAAAUCUAUCUCGGCCUCAAGUCCACGGGCAUCAUUUUAAACUGUUUCUCCUCCAGCCCACCCCCCACCUGCAAGCUGACUGGGGUGAGUCCGAGAGAUUCGCUCUUUCCCCAUCACCGUCUGGCCCCCGCCCAGCAGCAGCAGCUUCUGCCUGAGCUACACAGAGUUUGUCCUCCUUACAUUCUCCUGGGGGGCUGAAAGGGGUCAUUUCAACCGUUGGAAACAAAGUAAUUUUCUUUUAAAAAUUACGAACAAACAUUUGGCUUAGAGAAAUGAGAGAGGGGAGGCGAGCUCGACUAAUUGUUUAUCUUACUGCAACUCAAGGGACUGGCUUCCACGUUAUUUCUGUUACAAUCUUUUUUUGUAUGCCUCUCCGUGGAGAGUUUUUAACCCUAUUAGAGUAGGCUCAGCUUUACAGGGGUACUUUUCUCCAGGUACGUUGAGACCAAGGUAUAUUGUUUCUCAAAAUUAUGGGGAUUCCGUUCUCUGGUAUAUCCUUAGACAACUAAGAAUGUUUAUAAAUGGGCAAAAUAAUUUGCUUUAAGGGCAGGUGUACCCUGUAGGUUAUUAAUGAAUAACCAGCCCGUUUAUAAUUGGGCAAAGUGACAAAUCAUAGCUAAACCCUAUGAAAACGAAGAAAAUAUUCAGAUCUGUUCAUUAGAAGACGCCAUUUAAGGACCUGUUUUCAAACAGACCAAUUAUGAAUAUCAAGAAUUUUUAAAUCCCGCUAUUUCUUUGUUUAUCAAUGUUUAGCCCUUUUCUCAUCUCCAGUAAGUCAUGGUCUGACCACUUGAGAAACUGUUUGUAUUUUAAGUGACAACACCACUUUCAAAUUCCAAUAAAAUCAAAACACGAGUUCAAAUCUAAA